AUGUCGUUGGCGGCCCCGCUCCAAGUGUCGAAGUCCUCAUCGUCGGUGAAAUGCGUUCAGAAGCUGUCUAAGCCGCGGCCUCUGAAGCUGGGUUCUUCGGGUGAAUCAGAGAAUAUUCCGCCUCUCGUUUCUCCCGUAGCACUCACAUACGCAAACGUGGAAAGCAUCAAUGAGGAUGACGUCCUGCGAGAGCUGGAGAAUCUGCACGUGAAUAUCUCGAAUGGCAAUUUCGAAACGACCACUACCGCGUUGGUCACGCGGGUUUGUCAACUACUCAAAUUACGAGGUGCUCACAUAGACGCCAGUCACAAAGAUCAAUUGGAUGUUUACAUGGUGACGUUGAGAUCCGCCGCUCGGGACGACCGUUUGGAUGCGACUUGUAGGACAGAAUUGUUGGAGAUCCUAGAGCUGAGAUGCCUUAAGUGGAGGCCGACCGACGAUGUUGCCGAAUACUACAAAAAACUUGAGCCCGAGACUUGUUCGGUAUCGUCGAUCGCCCAAAACCAGUCUGUUAGUCAGGUGGGAGUCAUGGGACCCCCACUUUUCCAGCAGCCUCUCGUGCAAGCCAAUGGACCAGCAACUAUGAUCAUUCCUCAGUACAUCCCACUCACUCAAUUUCCACUCGGGCCCACGAUGCAGAGUGUACAACCUAACGUUCUGGCGAACGUGCCCUUACAACAAGUGCAAGCAGUUCAACCUCCGUUCAUGCCAGGCGAAGUCCUCAGAUCUUCGGGAAAGUACGGAAAGCCCUCCAAGGUACCGGGUCGAAACUUCCUCAAGGAUGAGGUCGUCAUCAGGAAUGCCGACUCAGGCAAAGUGAUGGGAAUUAAAGGCCGAAGGGUGCACAUGAUCGAGGAAUUGAGUGAAACCGUGAUUUCCUUCCAAAGAGUGAGCCCUGGAGCAAGGGACAGAUUAGUACAAAUCACUGGCCCCACCGAAGAAAGCAUUUCACAAGCGAAGCAACUGAUCGAAGAAACCAUCAGACGGAAUGCAUCGCCCGUCCGUGAACAAUCAUCUCAGGACGACUCCAGCGGAGGCAGCUACGAGAACUCGGUGGCCACCUCGCCUUCGCAAGGAGCACCCUUGAGCCCUCAGGAGUCUGCUCCGAAGCCUCCACCUCUCCAGCACUCACUGAGCACGAGUGACGCCACGGCGGAUCGAGAUUACACUUUCGUAGUGCAGGGCAUCAAAAUAAGUGCUCCGAAGCAACAAUUGGCUCUUGCUGCCAAAGCGGUCUUGGAGCAACAUUUCAACGCGUCGUCUAUGAUGCAGGGCGUUACAGAUCCGAACUUCAUGCGAGUCUCUCCACAAGGAGCUUCCCUGCUCCAUAGUCUUUCCGGCCACUUCUAUAAUCAGCAGCGUAUACAAGAUAUUUGGAGCGCUACCAGCUCGAGCGACGAAGACACUUACAGGCGCGAUGAUCCUAGAAGGUCCUCGGAUUCUCCAGAUCGAGAGAACGAGUUCUACCAACAGCCGUCGAUCGUGUUCUCGAGGGAUCAGCUGUUGGAUCUCGCUUCCUCGGAGUUCACCAAGAAAGCACCUCAGGAUCUCGACGAUCUCGACUCAGACUUCGCAGUUGUCAUCAUGCGCCAGGAUCUGACAACGUUUGACGUCGAGGCUUUCCGUAAGUGGAGUCCUUCCCGCUCGACUGGUGUUCAGCAGUCAUCGAAUACUCACCGGACCUCGCCGGGCCGGUCGCCUUCGAAUGAGAGCGAAGAUACUCCUUAA